AAAGCCAUGUUGGGCACAGUGCUGGGUGUGUACCUCCCCUGUAUACAGAAUAUCUUCGGUAUUCUGCUCUUCGUUCGGAUGACGUGGAUUGUGGGGAUGUCCGGAGCUGUGGAGUCUUUCUUCAUCGUACUCAUCUGUUGUACCGCCAAAUACAUGGCGCCGCAGCUCGACCUAUUUGGCGACGUGUUCAACAGCUACCGACUGUACGGCACGCUGGUGAUGAUCCUCCUGGCCAUCGUCGUCUUCAUCGGCGUUGGCUUCGUCAGCAAGUUCGCCGCCCUGUCUCUCGCCUGCGUCAUUAUCUCCAUUUUGUGUAUCUACAUCGGCAUUUUUGUAUCCAGCCCCGACCGCAGCGUUGAGGUGUGUCUCCUGGGCAACCGCCUGCUGACGCGGGAGUCGGUCAUGUUCAAUGGUUCCUUCAUGUGCACCAAGGAUGAGGCAGGCCCGAUUUACCGGCACUACUGCGGCGACGGCCUCAACGACACCGACAGCUGCAUCUACUUCAGCCGGCCCGAGAACACAGCCCGGCUGGUCAAGGCCAUCCCGGGGCUGGCCAGUGGCGUCUUCUCAGAGAACAUAAUGAGCCACUACACGGAGAAGGGGAACAUUGUCGGUACAGACGAGGACGGGUCGGAGAGCAGAGGGGAGGUCAUCGCUGAGAUCACCACCUCCUUCAUGGUUCUGUUGGCCAUUUACUUCCCUUCUGUCACAGGAAUCAUGGCUGGUUCAAACAGGUCUGGUGAUCUGGCAGACGCUCAAAAGUCUAUCCCAACGGGCACCAUUGCUGCCAUCGCUACCACUUCCAUUGUUUAUCUGACCAGUGUUCUGUUCUUUGCUGGCUGCAUUGAGGGAGAUGUGAUGAGAGACAAGUACGGACAAAGUAUCGGGGGCAGUCUGCUCAUCGGCAAGCUGGCCUGGCCCCACGAGUGGGUCAUCCUGAUUGGUUCCUUCUUGUCCACGCUCGGCGCUGGUCUACAGACUCUCACAGGAGCCCCGCGUCUGCUGCAAGCUAUUGGAAAGGACGGAGUGAUCCCCUUCCUUCACCUGUUCAGCGUGACCACCAAGCGGGGCGAGCCAUUCCGGGCUCUGCUGCUGACCGCGGUCAUCUCCGAGCUGGGCAUUCUGAUUGGCAACCUGGACUAUGUGGCUCCCAUCAUCACCAUGUUUUUCCUCAUGUGUUACGGCUUCGUCAACAUGGCUUGUGCCUUGCAGACUCUGCUCCAGACUCCCAACUGGAGACCUCGCUUCCGAUUCUACCACUGGACACUGUCUCUCCUGGGCCUGGCUCUGUGCAUUGUCAUGAUGUUCAUCUCUAGCUGGUACUAUGCCCUGGGUGCCAUUGCCAUAGCCUUCUGUAUCUACAAGUACAUUGAGUACAAGGGAGCUGAGCAGGAGUGGGGUGACGGUAUCCGCGGUCUGGCCAUGUCAGCUGCCAGGUACUCCCUGCUCAGACUGCAGGCUGGCCCGCCUCACACCAAGAACUGGAGGCCCCAGCUGCUGGUGUUGAUGAAGAUGGACGAAAACCUGCAGCCCAAGUAUCCCAAGCUUGUCUUGUUUGCCAGCCAGCUGAAGGCAGGUAAAGGUCUGGUGUUGGUUAACUCAGUACUGGAGGGAGAGUUCAGAGACAAGUACCCAGACGCCCAAGCCUCCAAGCAGACUCUGAUGAACCUGGUCAAAGAGUUUGGUGUGAAGGGAUUUUCCGAUGUCAGUAUCGCCAGCGACGUCACCGAGGGACUCUGUCAGCUCAUCCAAAACGCAGGUCUAGGUGGUCUGAAGCACAACACGGUCGUCAUUGGCUGGCCGUACGGUUGGAGGCACAACUCUGACCAGCGCAGCUACAAAGUGUUCCUGGACACGGCGAAGAACGUCGGAGCCGCCCAGAUGGCGCUGCUGGUCCCCAAGGGCAUCAACCAGUUCCCGGAGCAGCGGGUCAAGCUGCGAGGGACAAUCGACGUGUGGUGGAUCGUGCACGAUGGAGGUCUCCUCAUGCUGCUGCCCUUCCUGCUGAGACAAGACCGUGCCUGGAAGAACUGCAAGCUCAGGAUCUUCACCGUAGCCCAGACGGAGGACAACUCUAUCCAGAUGAAGAAAGACCUGCAGACCUAUCUGUACCAGCUGCGUAUUGAGGCGGAUGUGGACGUCGUGGAGAUGAGCAACCAAGACAUCUCAGCGUACACGUACGAGCGAACAUUGAUCAUGGAGCAGCGGACGGACAUGUUGACCCGGAUCCGGCACCAGCAGUCUGGGGGCGAAGGUCGUCCAGCGGCGGCCAUGCGUGUACCGACCAUCACGCUGUCCCCAGUCCCGGAGGAAAGCAGCACGGACCAGAACCUGAUGGAUGUGAACCAGCGCUCGCUGGACAAGUCGCAGUUCACCUUCACACCGCAAGCGGCCAAGGCCUUCAUCGACAGCUCCAAGAUUCCGGACAAGCAGAACGUCCGGCGCAUGCACACAGCUGUCCGACUGAACGAGCACAUCGUGGAGAAGUCGCACAACGCCCAGCUGGUCAUCCUCAACCUGCCCGCCCCGCCAAAGUCAGAGGCCGGAGCCGAGAACUACAUGGAGUUUCUGGAGGUGUUGACGGAGGGUUUGGAUCGAGUCCUGAUGGUGCGGGGAAGCGGCCGCGAGGUCAUCACCAUCUACUCCUAGGUGGCACCAUCUGUCGACGUCCUUGACCUCCUGACUCUCGCUGUGUUUGGCACACAUGUGUUUUUUCAGCUCACAUGUGUGUUUGUUCAACUUAUGUGUAUCUGUUCAGCACACCUGUGUUUGUUCAGCACAUGUGUGUUUGUUCAGCACACCUGUGUUUGUUCAGCACAUGUGUACAGAUGUUUGCGAUGAAGGAAAGGAGGGAGAGAAGGAUAUUUAUGGUGGAACUGGUUUGGUGGUGUGUUAACGCAAUUGUGUCUAAGGACAGAAAUUCUUUGAAGUCAAAGUGAAGAAUUCCUCCGAGGUCAAAGUGUAAAUUUCGUGUCAAUUCCACGUGCAGGUAUCCUCUGAGGUCGGAGAAUGCCUGACCUUUGAUGCAAGCCUUUGGGAAAAUUAUCGGUCACAUUGUGUCGGCAGUUUUGUCGUUGAAGUGUGGUGUUCGUUUGGAGUACAUAUCGAUUUUUGAAGCUGUUUAUCAAGGAAGUGUGGAAUCAUUGUGCAAAUAGCCGGUGCCUCGCGGGCCGAUGAGCAGAGUGUGGUCCUAAAGAAGGCCAGGAGAUGGAGAGACGUUUUCUUGUGAGUUCACGACGCAGACUUCAGACUUUGUCUUCCAUUGACUCGGUGUGACAGAAUAAACAUGUCUCAGCUGUUGACUGGCAGGACCGGAGGUGUGGAGGAGCCAGGUUUUUCUGACCAGAGUGGCAAGUCAUUGUAGGCGGUGCUCUGAGAUGAAGUGUGGGAGAUGAAGCAGGCAUAUUCUGCCACCUUCAGCGUGUCACAUGUGAAGGAGGCGUGCUGACAAAAUGAGUUACCUUUCGCGAUUGGCUAAUGGAGAUAUAAGCCAAAAAUGGACACUCGUCAAAUUUGUAUAUUUUCAACUAAUACCAGUUUCUUCAAGUUUAACAUGUUUUUUUAUUAUUCAUGCUUGAAAAAAGUCAACUUGCAAGUUUGACGUAUCUCUAUUUCCAUGGGGCUAAAGUUGGAGAAGUAACUUAUUUUGUCAGCAGACGUCACAGAUUCAGAGAUCAGUAUCAUGGCUAGAAGCUGACUAUAGGGCUGCCGCUAAAUCUGGGGCUUUCACUGGUGACAUUGUCACACUUAGUUGUUGACUUGUUGACUCGUUGACUUUGUCAUAGUGUGAGUGUCGCAGGAGCUGUCAUCUACCAUGGCACCAUCUACUGUUUUUGUCGUCAGAGACUCAUCUCUUGCCCUCCCCGCCCCCCUCAACCACUGCUGUAUGUCAUCAACAAGUCAACAGGGUUUGCCGUUCUCCGAUGGAUCAGUAACAGCUACAACAACUACGGUACGACAAAAAAUAAGUCAUGGUUUUUCUCACCUUUAUCUUUGAAUGUCGACCUGCUACCACAUUCUAGAAACCACAGUGUCAUUGGUGUAGGGUGUAAGGACAUUGCCUUAUUUCACCGACAUCCUCCUCAUGUGUAGUCUCCCUCGACAUGCUAUCUUUGGCAAACAAGCAACAGACAGCUCUCCCGUGUAACUGAGCGCUUGCUCUGUUGCUGAAGUUAACAGAAAAAAACCCUUUGUGGUAACAUUACUGUCAUGCAUUGUAUUGUAGUAGAUUUGUACUUGGGUGUUUAUGGGUACAUAUUUUUAGUUAGAGAUUGAUUCACCAGCUGUCUCGUCUCUAAGGGUUUUGUUGUACUUGUCUAUGUACUGGCAAAGAAAUCUUUGUGUAUGCUUUGAAACAUUUAUGACCUACUUCUUCUGUCUUAUCCCUGAAAUUAUUCACAUCUAUUUUUUUUAAGAUACUGGGGAGUUCCACAGUUCACACUGUGUCAGUGGGACAAUAUUUUUGAAUGUUUUGAAGGCUUUUUCUUAUACAUGAAUGUACUAAAAUGUAGCUUUCUGUGAGCGCGUGUCCACAUUUUGCAGUCUGCACAGAUCUCUUGUCCUGGUUUAAGUUGGCUUAUUGACCGCCAUAUUGUGCACCUACCCUAAGAACUGUCACCUUUUGAUGUGAAUGGGAUGUUUUGGAGAAGUUGAUUCCUCAGUCUUUGAUAAUAAUAAUGAUAAUAUUAUAAAAAAUGAUAAUGCAGAAAAUUUCUUUAAUAUGACACGUUAAUCUGCAGUUUGAAAAGCAAAAGUUACAAUCACACCUGAAUGUCAUUAUUGGAACUUUAGGAACUCAUGACUUUGAAAUCCCCAUGGUUACUUCUUGAAGGAUUACUACUUCUUAGUUUAUCAAUGAUCACAUGCCCUCUUUUUGUGAGGAUCCCGAGAGUUUUGGGGAAAAGACCCUCUUGGAGGGAUCUUUGCAUGAGAAUUUUUCCAACACAGCAGCAUGUCCCAGUUGGCUUUUUGACAUGUCCAAGUUGGCUGUUUUGACAUGUCUCUGUAGCUGUUUUGACAUCAUUCAGUAGCUGUUUCAACAUGUAUCUGUAGCUAGCUGUUUUGACUCCUGCAGUGGCCACGGCAUUGUGGCUGUUGAGUUAUUCAACGAAGGUUUGACAGAGAGUGAAUGGCGUUGUGACAGAUGACUGUUCCCACCGUACCGACACUGGACUAGGAGGUUUGAAUGUUGUGACGUCACAGGGGAAAUUGUCUCUGCCGUCACUGACGCUUAAGCACGGUUCCCGAUCCGGAGUAAUGGGUUUUUUUUAAACUGAUUUUUUUUUUUACUGUCUUGCUCAUGUUGAGAUGGUGAUCAGAGGAAAGAACACAUCUUCUGUUAUAGCUCUCUGAAUCAUCAGUCUCAGAGGUAAAUUCUUUUUCCUGGUGAAUCGUAAUGCCACAUCAGGAUUGAGGUUUCGAAGUGCCUAAGCCUGCUUGUACUUCCUCAGGCACUGGAAAAGGACGUCAGAAUCAUUUAACAUGGAAACCUUGUAUCUAGUUUAUCUGUAUAGAUUUUUAUAUGAAUUUUUGAUGAAGCAUAUCUAUCAGAUCAUUGUAAUUUAAUCACAGGAAAAUGUUAAAAACAUUAUUUUCUAUGGGUGAUAAUUUUUUUUCCUAUCUCUAUUUAUAGUGUAUUUUCUUUUUUCUCUCCUUUUCUUCUGAAUGUUUUUUUUCUGCGGAAAGUGUUGCUGGUGAUGAGCUAUUAUGCAGAGGCCGACUGGAUUCUAUUGCUGGAGAGAUGUUUGUGUGUGUGUGUGUUUUGUUCCUGCAGAGGUUUAUCAAAUAAUGAACCAUCUAAGUCGCUGUUGUCAUCUAUAUCUUCAUCUUUCAUUCCCUCUUGCUGGCUUUUGGUUCUCACGUUAGUAUCAAGGUCAAGGUACAUAUUGUUCAAGGUCAAGGUAGCAUGCGUGUCAAGGUUUUGGCAGUAUGUGUACAUUUCAGUUGUUCUUGUUGCUAGCUAGUGCCAUUUCCUGAGUGCUGACUGCCCUUUGAAAGGAUUUGACCACGAGAGAACGGUCACCCUGAUGCAUCGUUUCUAUGUCACUUACCUUAUUGCGAAGUGUAGUACAAUGUGCAUUACAUUUUGUUUUUGUAAUAUGUCAUGUAGGUAAUUUGCUUGUUUCUAUGGUGGUCAUUAUAGUCUGCAGCUUCUUCUCUGCUGCCAGCUCUGUGGAUCGUUCUUUUCCCUUGUGAGAUGGGUACCCACCACUCACCUUUCUCUGAACCGUCACAAUGUUUUAUUUUAUUUUUUUCUAAUAAUCAUCACCCCUUUCUCCACGGCCAAAUAUCAGUUUUGUUAAUGACUGAUCAUCAUUAGGUGUCAGUGCGCCACUAGUUUCAUCAUCUGAUUUUCUUGGCAUCAUCAUCAACAUCAUCACCAUCAUCAUCUAUGCUUGCAAGCACACAGUAAUUAUAUAUUAUAUUGCCACGUUCUAUAAUUUUUGCUGACCCACCAAUGCCUCCACUGUAGAGUGUAUACCUGCGUGUGUGUGUGUGUGUGUGUGUGUGUGUGUGUUUGUGUGUGUGCUUGUGUGUGUGUGUGUGUAUAUGACACAUAUCAUGAGAGAUAUAUAUAUGUAUUUUUGUGUGUGUAUGUGUGUGUGUGUGUGUGUAUGUGUGUGUAUGCGUGUGACACAUAUCAUAAGAGAAAAGAAGUAUGUUGUUGUGUACAGAUAGAUGUAUCUAUGACAAUGUAGUGGGGAUUCCCAUGCCUAGUUAACCAUGACAUCAGAAAUGGAUUCAGUACGAAGUGCAGACCUUAUAUCUAGCCUACCACAACUAUUUACCUAGCUAUGGACCUUCACCCUUCAACAAAUUAUAUCUCGCUAAUUUUUGUUUCUUAAAUAUAUGCAUGCACCUUGCCUGUGUCAUUUAUGAUGAUGUUUUCAGUAAUGGGUCAUUCCUCUGUAUGUGUGUGAUAGAGCUUGAUUGAAGUGGCAGAGAUAAUGUUUAAUCUGUGUGUGUGUGUGUGUACUGUGUGUGUGUGUGUUUUGUAAAAUGUUAGGAAGGGCAUUGAUGAUCCAUGUUUACGUGUUUAUGUUGAUGCGUUAUUUGCUGAGAUUGCUUUGUGUGUGAUGUGGAUAAUGUUGUUUGAUUAUGAUUUGUCUGUAUGAAUGUCUGUGGUUGGUGAAAUGUUUGUGGUGAUUGUCUGUUCCCUUUGUAUCUGGAUUCUUUUGUUUGGAAUGUGCUUAGUGUGGGCUGUUGUGCUGAAUACAUGACAUUUCAUUAGGAAGAAAAGGUAGAUCUAUGUCUUCGUUUCCAUUGUUAUGGAAGACCUACAUGAGCAGCCAAGCCUGUCGCGUUUCUGUCACACGCGGGAAAACUUUUGUGUACCUUGUUGAUCUUUGAAGAUUUGACAAAUUAUGUAUAUUGUGUGUCUGGAAUCAAAUGUGUCAUUUAUUCUGUUACCAGUUAAACUGUGGCUUUCCUAAUAGUUGAAAGUGGACACUUCCUUUUUGUGAAAUGAAGUACCACAAGUAUUGAUAAUAGCUUGAGCUUUGAGUGUCAGCAUGUCAUGUCAUAGCACUGACGUAUGACGCAAGGACAAAAUGCGGACACGGCAUGGCACAAUCUCACCAGACUGACAUGAUGUAACAAGGGAUGAUUGACUGACCCGUUGCUCGUGGUGUCUCAUGACACAAGUGACAUGACGACUGUGUUGCUUGUAGACUUCACAACCACAAACUCAAACUGGCCAUGCCAUGACAAACAUAUGACACAUAAAUGACACAUACUUUACAGCAAACAACUGUCUGUCUGCCAUGACACACACGGCAUGACACACACGACAUGACACAAACUUUACUACAAACUACUGUCUGCCAUGACACACAUGGGAUGACACACACAUGAUACUUUACAACAAACAACUGACUGUCUGUGCAGACAGUAGUGGCUAGGCUAUGUCCUCCCCCCCCUGUUUACCAGCUCCUGCUGUGUCCCCUGUGCCUGCCCCUACUGAUAAGUUCUCCCCAUCUUUGUCUUUACCCAUGGCUUAUGGACACAUAAACUUAUAUAUCUAGAAAGCUGCUGACCGUACAUAAAGACAUGGAGACUUUUACAUUGACUGUUUGCUGUCUGAUCAGAUCACAAUGCUCUGUUUGCAAAUGUGUGGAAAUUUGCUGUUAAACAUCUUCUUUUAUGAGGGUUGAAAUUUUUAGGUAGUGAACAUUUGUACUUCACAAGUUAUCCUGUUAAUAAAAAUCCAUGUGCCACAAAGUUGUAAAACUGUAACAAGUGAUUGUUGGUGUCUUUUGAAUUUUUAAGAAUGCAUUGAAAGGUGUUUGAGUGAAAUUGUGAGUGAGAUCAAUGUAGACAGUGAUAUGGCUAUACAUAUAUAUAUAUAUAUAUAUAAGUGGUUAGAGUUUUACUGUAUUGGGGUUUUAAACUUUUUCUAUACUGUUUCUUUUUCAUUUGGUUCUCUAAUACCAUGAACUCAUAAAAAAUUAUGAUAAUCAUUUUUAAUUUUGCAGUCUUUCGUGUCAGUAUAGUCAAAGGUAUCAUGACGCACUGUCUCUCUGCACACUUACGUGAGAUGUCUGCCCAUAAAAGUAUUUAAAUAUUUUUGUAUACUUAUGAAUUAUAUGUGUCUUUAACUUAAACGUUAAUCAUUGAUCAAAAGCAAUGGAAAUCAAAUCCAGAUAUGGGGUUGGUUUUAUAGGAAAAGAUGCUUAUAUUCCUCUCAAUGUUGACAGAAAAAGGACAUGAUACAUUCUGUGGUCGUGCGGGCGGUAUGGCCCUUGUUCUGUCCUGGGGUCUGCUUGUUUUCAAGGGCAGUGCCUCUGAACAUCUUUGAACCAAACAAAUGCAAUUUUAAUUUGCAUCCUCAAUUUUGUAGCCAGAAAUUAUGGUGAGAAGCUUUGUUGAGAGGAAAUUCUCAUGCCAUGGCAACAGAAAUAAAUGGAAAAAUAAAUGGAAAGGUUGAAAAAUCUGGA